CAAAAAUGAACAAUAAAUCAAUAAUACAAAAUUACAAAUUACAACAAAAACUAAUUCUUAAUAUAUUACUUCUACCAAAACUGAAAAUCCCAUGCUUCUCUUUCUCUCUUCUCUGCUCGGCAACAGUCUACAAGAGAGUUGAGACUACGAGUCUACGACAAUCGACAAAUGACAAAUCAAUGAGUGGACCAUGGUAAUGGCAAAAAUCAAUGGACCAUGGUAACAGCCUACGUACUCGGCUACGCGGCUACUCCAGUUACCUUUCAAAUCGACGGAGAGUCGGAGAGGGCGAGCUGCUGGGCUGUGCAAUCGACGAGGUUCGACGCAAACAAGGACAACGACGAAGGGCGAGCUGCUGGGUCGUAUCUCUUGGCCGGAGCUUGCGCCGGCGACGAGGACGACGAAGAGACUACCGCCUACCGGUAUCGAUCGACGGCAACGGGGUUCGACGAAAAUAGGGCAACGACGGAAGGGCUUGCAGGAAACAGAGGCUGGCGGUGAGGAUGACAGCUGGUGGACUGUGUCGUGUCUGUCGCUUGGAUGGAGCUUGACAACUUGUUGCCGGCGACGGAGACGACGAAGCUACUGUCGGAUUGGAUGAACGGAAGAGUGAUCAGCAGACGGCAAUCGACCAAUCGUGCAGUCGUUCUCGUGCAGCAGCCAGCAGGGUAGGGCUGCAGGGGAAAUAGAGCGCGAUGCAAAAUUGCAAAUAUAGGAUAGGGCUUCUG